AAAUGGCAUCUCCGGGUCAGAGAGCUUUUGCUCAAAAACUGAACAAACAAGGAGCAGCAGAAGUCAGAAAACAGGUGUCGUCAAGUUCAUUAGUGACACCAGAGCUGAAGAAGAGCAUCAGUGGUCUGAACCUGUCCGGCUCUGUAGAUAAGGUUCAUGGUGCCUUCUGGGUCGAACCGCCAAACUAUGAGGAAUUUGUGGCUGACAACCACAGUGAGAUAAACAGAGACCCGUUCCGUAAAUUAUUGGUCUUCCCUGAUGAUGACAUAGAAGUUCAGGUUCAGAACAAAACCUGCAGGACGUUAUAUCCUGUGGUUCCAGAACCAGGAUAUGAAAAUGACCCCCAUGUGUAUGACUGUGUCAAAGGUUACACCUCAGACUAUACUGUGGUCACCAGAAGAUAUGAAGUGUACAGCUCUACAGUACAGAACAAGGACCGUGUUGCAGAACAUGCCGAGCCCCAGGAGUAUGAAAUUGAUGUGGAGGACUCAGGCUCGGACAAGGAGGACUCGCCAAAGCGCCAGUCCAUCCACAUGAGUGACACGCCCCGUGGGAGCUGGGCCAGCAGUAUAUUUGAUCUGAAGAACUCGCAGGCUGACCCCCUCCUCCCAAACCUGCUGGACCGCAUUGACCCAGAGGAAAUUGACGGGAUGAAUGACAAGCAGCGUGAGCAGCAGAGGCAGGACGCACUAUUCAGUCUCUUCCCUAAACAGGACGAGGAGGAGGUUGUAGAGCGGAGAUUACCUGCAGGCAUACCCAUGGAACACUUUGGCCACAGAAUUCUUGUCAAAUGUCUGCAACUCAAGCUGGAAUUAGAAGUGGAGCCUGUCUUUGCCACCAUGGCUCUAUAUGAUGCUCGAGAGAGGAAAAAAAUAUCCGAGAACUUUUACUUUGACUUGAACCCUGAUCCCAUCAAAGCUAUGAUCAGCCAGCAUGUCCCCCAUCAGGAUACCUCUACUCGGAGUCGAGUGUGUACCUUCAGUAUCACCUACCCCUCCCCAGAUGUCUUCCUGGUCAUCAGGCUUGAAAAAGUUCUUCAGCAAGGGGACAUAACUGAGGCUGCCGAUCCCUAUAUGAAGGAAGACAAGACUAAGGAGGAGAAGUAUCGCAGUAAUGCCGCUCAGUUUUGUGAUAGGCUGGGCAAAUAUCGCAUGCCCCUAGCCUGGACAGCUAUCUACCUGAUGAACAUCGUGAAUGGGGCCAACAGUAUUGAGAGAGAAAGCUCUGUGGAAAAACAGGACCCUGAACGUACAGCCAGCUUGGAUCGGCGAAACUCUGGCAACCCGACCACUCAUUUUGAGAACCUGAAGAAGAAAUCCCGCGAUGAUCUGACAGCUGCUCGGCGUGGCUCAUUGGAGAACCGUGGACGACCAGGGUUUGAGAAGCGACGCAGUUGGUCUCCUGACGAGUACGGGUCAAGUUUGGAGAACUUCCGACCAGUCACACUAACAGUGUCCAGCUUUUUCAAGCAGGAGGGAGACCGACUUAGUGACGAGGAUUUGUACAAAUUUCUGGCUGACCUCCGCAGACCUUCCUCUAUUCUCAAACGAUUGAAAUGUAUCCCAGGCACCUUGAAGCUAGACAUUUCCCCUUGCCCUGAUGAUGCCAAGUACUGCCUCAGCCCUGAACUGUUUAAGGUUGACCCUUACCCUGAUGACAAGUGUCGGCCAACACGGGAAAUUCUGGAGUUUCCCCCUAAAGAGGUCUUUGUACCGUACUCCACAUACAGGAACUUGAUGUACGUCUAUCCCAAAUACCUGAACUUCACAAACAGACAAGGGUCAGCCAGGAACAUUGCGGUCAAGGUGCAGUUUAUGGCAGGAGAGGAGGAGUUAAAUGCUCAGCCGGUAAUAUUUGGCAAGUCAAGUUGUCCAGAGUUUUCUCGAGAAGCUUACGCAGCUGUCACCUACCACAAUAAAUGUCCCGAUUUUUAUGAGGAGAUCAAGAUCCGCCUCCCUGCACGCCUGACUGAUGCUCACCACCUGCUGUUCACCUUUUACCACAUCAGCUGUCAGAACAAAAAGAAUGAGAUGACACCAGUAGAGGUGCCUAUAGGAUACACGUGGCUGCCCAUCCUACAGCUGAAUCGGCUGACAGUGGGAGAGUUUAUCCUGCCUGUGUCACUGGAAAAACCGCCGCCCCGCUACUCCAUGCUGCACCCUGAUGUUCAGCUGCCAGGUAUGAAGUGGGUAGACAACCAUAAAGGUGUGUUUGGGGUCAGCCUUUAUGCUGUCUCUUCUAUUCAUACCCAGGACGAACACCUGGAGAAAUUCCUUCAGCUGUGUCAGACUGCUCAGGAACAGAAGUUACCCCAGAGAAUGACAGAAGCUGGCUUUGAGAAUGAAUUGAAGCGAUCUCUCCUGGACCUGUUUAAUGCUAAGGGAGAGCCACUGGUUCACUUCUUACCCCUGAUUCUGAACAAACUCAUACUGCUCAUGGCCAGGCCACCCAUGAUUGGAGGAGGCAUGAUUAACAUUGGUCAGACAGCGUUUGAGUCAAUGGUGCAUAUUGUCCAGCGAGUACACAGCUUGCUGAAGGAGAGGAAUGAUCAUCAUGGCCGCAACAUGCUCCUGGCCACCUUCAUCCAGUACCUCAGUAUCCUUCCCCAUUCUGGACCCUUACACACAGUGCCGUCAAUGUCCAACCUGAACCAAGGAGGUCAGUAUAACACGCUGGGUCGCCCCACCUCCCUGCCAGUAGGGAAGCAGACUUACCAGAGGAGCACCAGUGAUCCAGACCUGACGGGUAGUAAUCCCAGCUCCCCGGACUGUGAGGUGGCUAGUCUCAUAGGUUCCAGGACCAUUGACAGAGCCAGCAGCAUUCGCGAUGGACCAUCCUCAAGCUAUACCAAACAAGGAGGGAAAAAGUUAGUACAUGAGGAGCUGGCAUUACAGUGGAUGUUAUCCAGUGGAUCCACCAGAGAAACAGCUAUCAGCAAUGCGUGGUUCCUCUUUGAGCUCAUGGUGAAGAGUAUGGCAGAACACCUGGCAAAAACUGACCGACUGACCAGUCCACGACAAACACGCUUCUCUGACCACUUCAUGGAGGACAUCAAAGACCUGAUCAAAGACAUCAUCCUGAAGGACAUUGUGGACAGGUGUUACAAGGACCCAGUUUUAGCAAAGACCGUGAACAGCAGCCUGGCUUUCUUUCUGUAUGACAUGUUGUCUCUCAUGGACAGAGGAUUCGUGUUCAAACUCAUCAGCUAUUACUACAGAAAGAUGGGUGAGAAGAUGGAGACAGUUGCAGACCCGACCACACCCAUGUUGUUCCGCUUGGACUUUCUGCGAAUUAUUUGCAGCCAUGAGCACUUCUUCCCUCUUAACCUUCCAUUUGGCACCCCUCUGACGCCCUCGGCACCUUGCAGCCCAAGCCCAAGUGUCACCAGCUCCGCCUCCCAGUCUUCUUAUGCCUCAACAUCUACAUUGACGGAGCGUGGGAUGUUUGCAGAGUUGUCGUUGGACUUCCGCACUCAGCAUUACCUGUUGGGACUUGUCCUCACAGACCUUUCUCUGGCCCUAGAGUCGCACAACUCGUUCAUCCACUACAAGGCCAUCAAUGUUGUCCGUAAUCUUCUCUAUAAUCACGACCUGGAUGCAAGGUACGCUGACCCCGACAUCAAAGCGAGGCUAGCUGCCCUCUACCUGCCUGUCAUCGGCAUCGUCAUUGAAGCCCUGCCUCAGAUCUAUGAUCCCAACACUGAGGUUAGGAACCGUAACUCCAUGGUGGAGGAAGGCGAUGACCGCAUCAAUCAGCGGGUUGCCAUGGAGAUUGCAGGCUCACUGUUUGGACGCUCUACAGUUAUGACGUCUCUUGACCAGUUUGACAAAGGCUCCAGAGCCCAGUCGCGUCGAUGUCAGCUGAGCAUGGAGUCGAGUCGUCACCUGCUGUGCUGUUUCCUGUGGGUAGUGAAGAAUGCUGACCAGGCUGUCUUAAGACAGUGGUGGUGCAAACUGACCAUGCACCGCCUUAGCUCUCUCCUGCAGGUCAUCUUUCUGGCCAUAUCAAACUUCGAGUACAAGGCUAAAUGGGCGCCCUUACCCCUGGAGCUGUUUUCACACUUCUCCUCAGAGGAGACUCUCGAGGAGUGGCCCGAGGUUAACGGGUCACCAGGAACUCCCAGCCUCUACGUCCCGCGCCUCAAAGGGGCCAUGAGCAAAUCCCCAUCCAUCCACGAGCAGAUCUGGGAGGGCAUUCAGAGAAAGUCCCACGACUUCUUCCGCGGGACCGGAACAUUACUGUUGAACCGUGGUCCCAAAGACGAGGGUUCUGCACAUCACGUGUGGCAGGGCAAGAAGGUGCUGACCCAGUGCUCCCAGCAGACCUUGAAGAAGAGUGUGGACAUGAAGUCAAAGUUGGAGGAAGCAAUCUUGGGGACAGGAAAUGCCCGCUCUGAGAUGAUGAGAAGGAAGCAUUCUGGUUACCUGUUGACAGGGGAGAGAAAUCCGCCCUCCCCACUAGAGGUCAGCCGUCUGCGCUGGAGGAAAGACCAGUUGCUGAGACAGCCAUUUGAACAAAUGGAAAGCAAACCACGUGAUGUGGAGAUAGAUUUCCACACAGAAGGCAGUCUGGCAGCAGAAGUCAGUAUGAUUUGUCUGGACCUUCUGGAGCUUAUCAUACAGAUUGCCCAGAACUCCGACUCUAUGCAGAUGUUACUGAGCACAGCUCUGAGGGUCUUACUACAUGGUCUGUCUCUCAAUCAGAGUACCCUAGUCCUCCAGAACAUGUUCGCCACACAGCGUUCUCUCGUAUCCAAGUUUCCAGAGCUGCUGUUCGAGGAGGAGACGGAGCAAUGUGCUGACCUCUGUCUGUGGCUGCUGCGUCAUUGCAGCUCUCCAAUUGGCCACACCCGUUCACAUGCCAGCGCCUCUCUCUAUCUUCUCAUGAGGCAGAACUUUGAGAUUGGCAAUAACUUUGCCCGUGUCAAGAUGCAGGUGACAAUGUCACUCAGCUCUCUGGUGGGUCAGGAUCACAACUUUAACGAGGAGUACCUGAGAAAGUCCCUGAAGACAAUCUUGAUGUAUGCUGAGGCUGAUGUAGAACUACAGGAGACCACCUUCCCAGAACAGGUAAGAGACCUGGUCUUUAACUUACACAUGAUCCUGUCCGACACUGUGAAGAUGAAGGAGUUUCAGGAAGAUCCUGAGAUGUUGCUGGACCUGAUGUACCGCAUUGCCAAGGGUUACCAGACCUCACCUGACCUCCGCCUCACCUGGCUUGAGAGCAUGGCUGGCAAACACAGUGAGCGAGGGAACCACGCUGAGGCUUCUCAGUGUCUGGUUCACGCAGCAGGACUGGUGGCAGAGUAUCUCAACAUGUUGGAGGAUCGCUACUAUCUUCCUGUGGGCUGCGUCUCGUUCCAGAAAAUCUCGCCAAACGUGUUAGAAGAGAGUGCUGUGUCAGACGAUGUGGUCACCCCUGACGGGGAGGGUAUGUGUACAGGGAAGUACUUCACAGAGAGUGGACUUGUUGGCUUGUUGGAGCAGGCGGCUAGCUCUUUUACAAUGGCUGGUCUGUACGAGGCCAUGAAUGAGGUUUACAAAGUUCUGAUCCCCAUCCACGAGGCAAACAGAGACUUCAAGAAGCUGAGCCAGGUUCAUGGCAAGCUGCAGGAGGCUUUCUCCAACAUCAUCAGACAGGAAGGGAAGAGGAUAUUUGGCACGUACUUCCGUGUGGGAUUUUAUGGGAAGAAGUUCGGGGACCUGGAUGGGGAUGAGUUCAUCUACAAGGAGCCGGACAUCACCAAACUCUCAGAGAUUUCACACAGGCUGGAGAGUUUUUAUGGUGAUCGUUUUGGGUAUGAUGUACUGGAGAUGAUCAAAGACUCCAACACAGUGGAAGUAGACAAGCUCAACCCAGACAAGGCGUACAUACAGAUUACCUAUGUGGAGCCGUACUUCGACUCGUAUGAAUUCCGAGAGAGGAUCACAGUCUUUGACAAAAACUACAACAUCAAGCGUUUCAUGUACGCCACUCCGUUCACGCUUGACGGAAAGGCCCACGGGGACCUGGCCAAUCAGUACAAGAGGAAAACCAUCCUUACCACGGAGCACAACUUCCCGUACAUCAAGACCAGACUGGCUGUCAUCAAACCACGAGAACAGGUGAUUCUUUCCCCGAUUGAAGUGGCGAUUGAAGACAUCCAGAAGAAGACAAAAGAGUUAUCUAUUGCCAUGAUGACAGAGCCGCCAGAUACUAAGAUGUUACAGAUGGUCCUUCAAGGCUGCAUUGGCACAACUGUCAACCAGGGCCCUCUGGAGAUUGCUAUGGUGUUCCUCUCAGAUGUCUGCGAUGGGAAGAAGGUGGCCACCAAACAUCACAACCGGCUCAGACUCUGUUUUAAGGACUUUCUCAAAAAGAGUGGCGACGCCCUGCACAGAAACAAGUCCUUGAUUAAGAGUGAUCAGAAGGAGUAUCAGAGAGAGCUUGAGAGAAACAUCAACAGUAUGCGGGAGAAACUCGCCCCCAUGAUCUCCUCAAACAGCUCAGCCACUCUCAAACGCAGACACAAAAAGCCCAAGCGUUAAUUGUGGAACUGCUAACCCAUGCUUGUACAUAAACAGCUCCUGAGGGAGAGCCGGACCAAGCGACCAUCAUCUCCUAACACUUCUGAAUGCUGAUUGGUCAGCAGUACUAUGCUGAGAGCUGAUUGGUCAGCAGUACAAUGCUGAGUGUUGAUUGGUCAGCAGAACUAUGGUAGGCUCAGUACUGAUUGGUCAGCUGUACUAUACUGAGUGCUGAUCGCACGACAGUACUGUGAGGAGUACUGAUUGGUCAGCAGUACUAUGUGAAGUGCUGAUUGGUCAGCAGUACUAUGAAGAAAACGUCUUCCAGUUUAACCCACCCAACUUAAUCACUUGCCUAAGCUUUAGUAGUGAUAGUUGCUAGGUGACCACCAUGCAGCUUGAGUUCUAGUCACUGGUGUGUGCUUGUCCUGGGAUUUUGCUCAGUACAAAUUUGGCAAUAGAUGCUCAAGAGCUUUCUGUCACAUGUCACUCAAAACGUUUUGUGUAUUCUAGAGUGGAUGCAUGCGUGAAGUUGUGGUAAUCAAAAUCUGUAGCCAAAAGCUCGGAUUUCUUUACAUUUGAAAUGGUAUACAUGGGAAUGAGUUUUUAGUAUUUUAGAUGAUGAUGAUCUCAACUUGAGGUAAUUCUUGUUAAGUCAUUCUGUCUGACCUCCUUUUCCGUGAGGCAGGAGUUUGAGGUUCAAAUCAAAGGAGACUGCACGUUGUUUAGAGUUGGCCAUAUCUAGGUAAAUAGUUUCGGUUUUCAUCCCAGAUUUUAUAGGUGCAUAAUGACCAUAUAUGAAGAAAUUUGCAAAUCAAAAUGAUGCUCUUAGAGCUUUAAAGACUUUGAAUGAAAGAGAUUUUUUUGAGAUCAUACUUUUCGGUGAUAAAAGUAUUUGUUUUAACACAGCUGUAUUAGAUCUGGGGCCCAAUCUUUUCAAGGAACAUUGCCCUGCUAUAAUUGUGUACUAUUGAGAAACGGGUUGACAUGUUUUCAUUUAAAAUGUUCUAUAUCUAGUAUCGUACAUUGGCCUCAAACAUGCGCGUAAAAUUUAUCUAAAACUAGUGUCAGUUGUCGCUCUCCAGGAGCCAAGGUUUGAAGAUCAAAUGAACAAGUUGCCUAUUUUUUUUUUUUGCCCAUCUUUAUUUUAAGAAGACUAUCAUGUAUUUUCGGAGUUCAAAUUUUUUUUUUUUCAUUUUUCAUUUUCAAGUUUUCGUUUUUGUCAAGCUGCUGUAACAUCAGACGAUGCUGAGCUCAUCAUAGAAGUUGAACACGAAGGAAAUACUAUCCUUGUCAGUUGAACCUGGCUUCAUGUGGUUUGCUUCAAACCGUCUUCACAUAGCUGUUAUUUGAGGUGGGGAUUAAUCCAGUAAUCGCUCAUGGACUAGAUCAGAUGUCUCUUACCGUGGAUACACACCCUCAUUAUUGGACCAAGAAUCUCACAGAAGUGCCCAUGUGACUUGCUGCUUGGGUAUUCUCUCUAUAUCAAGGCGACAGAAAGAGGUUGUAUGGUAAAAGCACACAAGUCAUUACAUAGUUUAGGACAUCUAACUCUGUCUCAUCAACGUUUUCAGUGACAAUGUAGAAAAGGGUAAUGUGACAAGAGGUAUGAAUUUGUAAUGAGAUUGUGCACAGUACGAUAAACUCAGCUGAAGUUAAAAGUCCUGUAUGAGCAUCCCAGUAGUGUGCCAUUAGUCUGCCUGUGGUAAACCAGUAAAAUGUCUGUAGAGUGUUACAGGUGAGUGGUCACACAGAUCAUUGCUGUAACUUUACAGCAAUACCUUAUGGCAGCAUGCCACUGACAACUUCCACCUGUAUGCUGCUGUGGAAUAAUAGUUCAGGUGAUCAAGUACAAUUAGAUACGGCUCUGUGCCACCAUCCGUACUCAACUUUGAACUUUGUCUUAGAAGAUGCUUUAAGGACGUACCAGACAGUUUAUGUUUAUGAGAGACAUAAAGGAUACAGUAUAUUUUAGUAUUCUGGCAGCAGGCCUAUUGCAGUUGGACAAAAGGAAGUGGGGACUUACAGAACUCUUUCUAUGUAUCACCUGAUGUGGAAAAUCUCCAAUGGACCAGUAAAAUUUUGUUUUAACGACAUUAAAAUAGAAGAAGGGGGAAUGAGAAUGGGGUGGGGGGCUGUUUCAGCGGUAUUGUCAAUAACCACAAAAAGAUUUACACAAAAUAUUUGAAAUGGUGAAGUGCAAUAAGAUACUUUUUAUUUUCACAUUACAAAUGCUUUUUUUUUAAUUGUUUUUUAUCUUAAUAUAUAGAAAUAUUUGUAUGUUCUAUGUGUGUGUUUUGCUUAUGUGUACCUACCUUUCUACAUGUAUGUCUAUCAUGUAAUAGUUACAUUACAGGAGCUCAACUCAAAACUGUGUCUCUUCUGUCAAAUAAUAUUGUACAAGGCAGGAGUUUUGAUUUGUUCUCCAUGGAAGUCCUGGACUAAUGUUAAGAUUUAUUCUACCUGUAACAAGUUUAGACAACUGAAGUUUUCAUGAUUCCUUUUAUCUUGCAUUUAUGCACACACAAUAUAUUUCUUUGCCAAAGAUGUUUUUGAAGGGGCAGUAAUAAUGUAGAACUGUUCACUCCAUUGAUAUACAGUAUAUCUAUUUAUGCUGAUAUGUUCUCGUAAAUACACUCACUUAAUGUUGUCAUCAGACUCCGUGGCUUGUCUUUUGUCUACCAUAAACCAUAGCAUUUUGAAUGUUGUAUCAGGCAAUCAUUAUUCGCUCAAGCAUUUGUAGAGCUCAGUUUUGCAGAUAGACCAAAGUAAAAUAAACAGGAGAGCUAUACCUGAAGUUCUUUGGAUUUUUGUUCUUAGUUUAUAGUUUAUGGUAAAUCAUAAACUCUAUCUUGGGAUAAUUACGGACCAUUCAACAAGCUUUAUUCAUGGACAUAUUUGUGCCAAAGCCCUUGGUUCCUGUCACUAACCCACACAGCAUUUUACAGCUACAUGUAGCUACAUGAAUUUCCUGUGCCUGGCGCUCACCAUAACGGGAUACUGUAAAUGUUCAACCUUUUCAAAGACUAAAACACUUUUCAGUGGAUUUUAUGUAUACAAUUAUUAUGAAAAUGUUAAGAAUGAUUUGUUUGUGUCAUUAAAGAUGGAAGGCUUCAUGAAAUUCUGCAUAAUAUUUCUCUGCACCCCACUUCAAAAUAUUGGUUGCAGAGAUUGUUGAAAAAGAAUUAAGGCAGGCCAAUUUCUGUUCAGUUCUGUGUCCGUAUAAUGUCACUAGAAGGAGUCUGUAUUUGUCAUGUUCCUCAACAUAUUCCACUGAGGCCAUUAUUAAAAAUAUGUUGGUUGGGGCUAACCUGCCAUUCCAUCAAAAUCCCUGUCU